UGAUUACAGCACGUGAGGUGAGUGAGCACGGGUGAGGCAAUAAAGGUCCGCGAUUUCCGGUCGGGCCAUGAAGGGUUGUGCAUGGGAGAACACGAGAGCACGUAUUGGUUUUCAACCUAAUUCUAAUCCUAAUCACAAUCCUGAAUGCUUGUUGUUCAUGUUCAAAACAAUUCAUGUUCAAUAAAAUCAAGGAGAAGGAUUUGAGCUGUCCUGCGUCCUCUGUCUAAUUGUGCCAUUUCAAGUUGGGCAAGCACAAAUGAGAACAUAACCCAGGUAACUUGACAGUUGAAAACCAGCGGAGCAGCUUGGAGAAGAGGAUAUAAGGCCUUGGAAGUCCAGGAAAAGCUGUUGACGCAGGAUAAAAGAGCUGUGCUGGUCCGUGAGGUCAAGAUGGCGGAAGAUGUCGUGGGAAAGACGGGGAAGCAGCUCAAGAAGGAGAGAACCGCUGCGAAAAGCCCCUUCACCAGACAGGCCAACUUCCUCAGCAAAGGGGCAGACAGCAUGGUGAAAGCAGAGCUGAGGGAGGAGUUCGCCGAGCUCUCAUACUGCCGGAAAAUCAUUCUUGAAGCGAAUGAUGAUUACAAGACAGGGCUUUUGGCUGAGUCUCAAGAGUCAGAAGAGGAAGACACGGUUCUCGAGGAGAAGGAGGAGCUAGACAUUGAGAGAACCGCUAACAAAGCAGAAGCAAGGUUUGGAGAAAUUAGAAGAAUUGUCCAAACAAACCUGUGGUCCAGAUAUGGCCAAGAUAUGCUAUCACAACUGCAAUCAUUGAAGGUGAGAAGGCCUGCGGUCAGGCGGAGAAGUUACCUGUGGAGAGUACUCACCUGGAUGCAUAUGAGGUGCACCUGGUUCUACUGGAGAAAAGGAUCAAUGAGGCUGCCAGAGUUAUGUCAACCUGAGAGCGGUGGAUCCCCAAGGCUGAAAGAGAGGAGCUAGAUGGCAGGGUCAAGGACCUGAAAGCUUUGAACGGCAACCUUAAACUGAGGAAGGCUGAGUUUGUCACUGCACGGAGGAUGUCAAAGGAUGCGCUGGCUGCAGGAGCCUCAGGACCUGAAGCAGUUAGAGCACAUCCCCCGCCAGCAAAACCAAUUGUCAGAAUAAAACCAACCACACUGCCCAUCUUCUCAGGCUGCAAAUUAGAAUACCACAGAUGAAGAAGAAAGACUGGAAGAGCCUUCAAAGACAGGGAGAGCCGUCUGGCUCAGCCAAAGUCAAGAAUAAUCAACUCCUGGACAGCGUGGAUGACAAGAUUGGGAAGGAUAUCCGGCUGUCAACCUACAACACUGCAGAGGAUAUGUUCAGAGUCAUGGACAACCGGUAUGGAAAUAAAUCGACCAUUGCCAUAGAAAUCCUGGAGGAGUUGGAGCGAAUACCCCCUGCAAGGGGAAGCCAGCCAAGGAGAGUCAUCGACCUGAUCCAAGCAGUGGAAAAAUCCCUAGCAGACCUCACAGAGCUGGGAAACUCUGGAGCAAUCAAGAACCCUCUCGUCAUUAAAUCCAUUGAGAGCAAGUUAACCGACUUUGUAAAGAGACUCUGGCUAGCCUUCAUGGUGAAUUCUAGCAAUAAUGUCACCACAGACAACCACUUUGACAUGCUCCUGAUGUUCCUGAAGAAUCAAGAAGAGAUCCUAGAGAGACUUGACCAGCUAAGGUGUGUGGAGAAGAUGGAGAAACCAGAAUGUGAGAAGAAAUAUGAUAGAAAGUAUGCUUCUACAAGAACCACAAAGAAAGUAGGGCUGGAAGAUGUGUUGUCUGUGGUGAUGAAAGGCUCAUUGACAAGAUUUUCUUCUAUAGAAAGUUCAAAGGGCUGAAGCCUCAAGAGAAGAAUGCUGUUGUAAAGAAGCUGGGAGCAUGCAGAAAAUGUCUUGGAUGUCAUGAAGAUGAUGGAUACUGAAGAGACACUUUCCUAUGCAGGAACAAAGACUGUAAGAAGGGAGACUCCUCAGAUGACCAUUAGUUUAUU